AGACAUGCUGCAAUGCAUAAUCAGUUAUCUGCUUCUAACCCAAGGAAUCAUACUGCAACAUUUCUUCCACAGCAAGCAAACUCAACUGAUGUGAUGCUUGAUGGAACCCCUGCUUUUAACUCCGGAACUCAUGCUUCAGCAUAUGUUCCAUUGCGGAAUAAUUCUAAGCUUGGUUCAUAUUCUGGAAGGAUGUCGACCAACGAACCUGGGCUCAGAGAUACUGCAACGCAUAAUCAAUUAUCUGCUUCUUACUCACGGAAUCAUACUGCAACAUUUCCUCAACUGCAAUUAAACUCGAAUGAUGUGAUGCUUGAUGAAACAUCUGCCUUUAACCCUGGAACUCAUGCUUCAGCCUAUGUUCCAUCAGGGGGUUAUUAUACACUUGGUCAUAAGAUGCACCCACAAAAUUCAAAUUCAAAUUCUGGAAGGAUGUUGACUAACAAACCUGGUAGUAAUGGGCUCAGAGAUACUGCAACGCAUAAACAGUUAUCUGCUUCUUACCCACGGAAUCAUACUGCAACAUUUCCUCAACUGCAAUUAAACUCGAAUGAUGUGAUGCUUGAUGAAACAUCUACCUUUAACCCUGGAACUCAUGCUUCAGAAUAUGUUCCAUCACGGGGUUAUUAUACACUUGGUUAG